AUUAGAUGGAUACUUAUUGAAUACAAAAGACAAGAAUUUGUUCAGUGAAAAAGCAUUAGAGUUGAAAGCUAAGCUUAAGAAUGCAAAGAAAUACCAGCCAAAGCAAAAAAACUCGCUAAAACAACAACAACAGCAAACUGUGGUUGAGAUUAGAGAAGGUUCUUCAACAGCUGCAACAACUCAAGCCUUGUAAAUAAGUCGAAUCUAUUGUGUAGACCGUGGUCUAUCUUCAUUACAUACUUUCAGUACAUAUAUAAAGUCAGGAAAACGUUGUGACGACGAUUUCACAGUUAUAAAUCCUCCUUCUCCUUCUAGCCUGUCAAAUAAAAUACCAUCAUUCGGUUAAUCCUUUUUCUGUGGAAGUUUCAAAUUACUUUCCUUAAUGGAGUUACCUCAAAUUGGAAAACAUUGUCAAUUUGACUCAUGUCAAGUGUUAGACUUCUUACCUGUUGCUUGUCCUUUUUGCGAGCAAAUAUUUUGUGGAAACCAUAGGCUCCCAAUAAAUCAUCGCUGUUCACAGUGGAAAUGCGUAGAUAAGCAACUUAUUCAAUGUGAUGUAUGUAGUCAGUUAGUUACGACAGACAAUAGCAGCAACCGCAAUGGUAGUGAAAUAGCAUCAAGUGAUAUUAGACAAUUAAGUUCUGAAGAAGCGCUUAAAAAGCAUAAGCUGUCCGGCUGUAGAUUACUUCUUUAUAAGACUACAAUGAACAACAAAAAUAGUCGUUCAUGCGCAGUUGAUAAAUGUCAAGAUAUUGAUCCGCAUGUGGGCCCCGUUCAAUGUGAUGGUUGCGACAGAAAUUUUUGUUUAAGACAUCGACACCCUGCUUCUCAUGCUUGCCCUUCACUGAAGAACCGUGAAGACAGGAAGUUACAGCGCAACUUGGCAGCACAAGAAAAAUUAGCAAAUACAUUUGUACCAAAUACAGUUUCCGGCCGUAAAACAACAACACCGGGCAGUGUAUCGCAAAAAAUCAAUAGUACUACGACCAAGAAAAAAAGUAGCAGUAUGGUUGAAUUGAUGAAGAUCAAAGCACAGGCAAAAGGCAAUCCUUCAAUUCCACCUGCAUUACGUAUUUAUCUUUACGUUCAAUAUCCUGAGGAGACCCAGCUGAAAGAGGCGCCUAUGUAUUUUGAUAAGAAAAACACAAUAGGUAAAACACUCGACCAAAUUGCAGACUUCUGUAAUUUGAUCAAUAAAAAUAAUCUUUUGUCGUCAACUGAUUCAAUGCGCUUGGAACUAUACAAAUGCUGCCCCGAAUCAGUAUUGCUGCAAGAUAAAUCUCAAACAUUAGAAAAUGCAUUGCAAAACUUGGAAACGAUUUGUUUAGAAAGAUUAGGUAAAGCAGCAUGACAGACACGCUAAAUCGUUAAAAACCAUCCCUCAACGCAAGUAUUCUACUGAAGAAAUUGGUUGGUUUCUCGAUCUAAACUUGAUAAAAGUUCACAUUAUUUGUCAAAGCAUACUUUUUCGCUUUUUGGAGCACGUUAUUUAUUACUAAGAAAUAACCUUGUUAUAACUUCAUUAAAGGCAAGCCAUGUAACGAACAUAUGGUCUAGUUCAAUAACUUGAACGUAGAUUCUUGUAUCCUUAAAGUACAUCUUACUUAAUUCUC